AUGCCGCUCAUCAUGGGAAUGCCGCACUCGCUCUGUCUUUCCCUCCGCUGCGCACUAGGUGGGCAGGAGGACGCGGUGCUGCUGCGCCACGCGCUGCAGUGCGACACGAAGCAGUGGGGCGAGCUGGGGAGGAGCGGCAGCUCAAGAGGAGCAACAAGUCGUGCUGUAACCGUUACAUCUUCCUCCGAAGCCUUCCACGACGCCUCUUCUCUCCUGUGGCCGUGUGCUGGUGGCAGGAAGUUCACAGACCGCUUUCGCCAGAACUUCCUGCGAAAGCACCUGGGAGCUGUUGCACUCCCGCAGCACAAUCCAUUGGACGGCCACAGACAGUCGUUGCUCUGUCAAGAUCGCAAGCAGCAGCAGUCGGAGCAUUCGGAGGGCGUGGGAGCAGCAGCCCCGGCGUUCGGAGGGCUGUUGUAUGAGGAGUGCGUGACGGCGUUCCUCGCCCCCCAUGCUCGCUGCUGCCUCCCACCCGCCCCACCCAACCUCUCAUCCCUCUUCGCCACCCCUCCCCUUGCUUUCCAAGGUCCUCCUCCUGCUUCCCAAGCUCCUCCACCUGCUUCCCAAGCUCCUCCUCCUGCUUCCCAAGCUCCUCCUCCUACUUUCCAAGGUCCUCCUCCUGCUUCCCAAGCUCCUCCACCUGCUUCCCAAGCUCCUCCUCGUACUUCCCAAGCUCCUCCUCCUGCUUCCCAAGCUCCUCCUGCUUCCCAAGCUCCUCCUCCUGCUUCCCAAGCUCCUCAUCUUGCUUCCCAAGCUCCUCCUCCUGCUUCCCAAGCUCCUCCUCCUGCUUCCCAAGCUCCUCCUCCUGCUUCCCAAGCUCCUCCUCCUACUUCCCAAGCUCCUCCUCCUGCUUCCCAAGCUCCUCCUCCUGCUUCCCAAGCUGCCCCCUUCUCUGCGGCUGUCGCGUCUACCACGGAGUGCCCAUUCGCCCGUCAUGCCGUCCCUGUUGCUGCUGCCUCCACCGCCGCUGCUUUGCAUCGCCCAGCGAAGCGACCACUGGGCGACAGUCCCGGGCUGACGGCAGGCCAACCGGUGCAUGGGGGAAACGGGAGCUGGGUGGUGCGAGGCGGGGUGGCGUUUGGCACGGAGCGCCGGCGUCAGUCAGUGGCAGAUCAGUUCCAGCAGCAGGGGGCGAGCAGCCGCGUGCAGGAGAAAGAGGAAGCAACCCUUCUGGAGGCGCUGCUGCAGGAGGAGCAUCGCCAGCAGCAGCAAGGAGGAGCGGGUAGCAGGGCGCAGCGGGUGCUGUGGCCGCGCGUUGGGUCGGAGAGUGCCCUUCCAGACGACGUGCUGCAAAAAUCUAACAAUGGGGUCCCUUCACGCAACGCGCCGCUCUAUCUGUUUCUCCGCCCUCCCAACUCGUUGCUUUGCCCGGCUCCACUCCGCGCAAUGGUGAACUGGCCCCCCGUUGGGUCGGAGAGUGCUCUUCCAAACGACGUGCUGCUGGGACUCAACCGUGAGGACCCUGCUUUCAUGCAAGGCACCGCUUUCUCUGCUCCUCUGCCAACCCAGCCACUCACAGCGCUGCCAUUAGCACUGCUCCCCAAACUCGCUGCUCUGUCUGGCUCCGCUCCCUGCAUUGGGAAUGGUUCCACACUGCAGCGGGUGGAGUGGCCGCGCAUUGGGUCGGAGAGUGCCCUUCUAGACGGCGUGCUGCUGGGACUAUGCUGCAAGGGCCCUGCCUCCGCACAACGUGCUGCUCUCUCUGCUCCUCCGCCCACCUAG